AUGAACGGCAACGUCAAUUCCUUCUCCGUUGUUCCUUUAUGGCUCGAUGGCAAAGAGAUCACUACCCAGAAGACAUUCGACGUGGUCUCGCCCAUCGAUAACAAAGUGCUCUACAAGGCUUCGAGUGCUUCCGAGUCGGAUGCGCAGGCUGCGCUGGAAGCCAGUCAGAAGGCCUUCAAAGAGUGGUCAAAGAUCAAACCAGCUCAGCGUCGUGACAUUUUCCUGAAAGCAGCCGAGAUCGUUGUCGCUCGUAAGGAGGAGCUGUGGCAGUACUCGCAUACGGAAACUGGCGCCCAGCGUGCUAUGUUCGAGUUUGAACUUGGUCUCACGGUAGAAGCUCUUAAGGCUGUCGCCGGCCUGAUCGCGACCGUCCAUGGAUCUCUGAUAGAGCCAGCAGCUGAAGGAAGGAGCGCUAUGAUGGUCCGGGAACCUUGGGGCGUUGUGCUUGGUAUCGCUCCUUGGAACGCACCCUAUGCACUUGGACUCCGCGCUUGCUUGUUUCCUCUUGCCAUGGGCAACACGGUGGUUUUAAAAGGUUCAGAAAUGUCGCCGGCGGUAUUCUGGGCCCUGGGCUCUGUUCUCCAUGCUGCAGGCCUCCCAGCAGGCUGCCUCAACACCCUCUCGCACGAUCCCAAGGAUGCAGCUGCUGUCACAGCUUGCCUUGUUUCGUCACCCAUUGUCAAGAAGAUCAAUUUCACCGGCUCGACGAGAGUUGGGUCCGUUAUAGCCUCACUUGCAGGCAAACAUUUGAAGCCUGUCCUUAUGGAGUUAGGAGGAAAGGCACCAAGUAUAGUUUGUGAGGAUGCUGACCUCGAGAACGCCGCCUUUCAGUGUGCUCUUGGAGCCUUUCUACACUCGGGUCAGGUUUGCAUGUCGACUGAACGUAUUCUGGUCAACAAAAACGUGGCCGGUCCCUUCAAAGAGGCUCUGAAAGCAGCCAUGAGCCAACUAUCGGGAGGUGGUAGCGCGGAGGUGCCAAUUCUAAUCAAUCACCAGUCAGUGAUCAAGACCAAGGAGCUACUGAAAGACGCACUAGAGAAAGGUGCUAAGGUCAUCUACGGCAACGCAGAGCAUAAUGAAGCAUCAGCAACCAAGAUGAGACCCGUGAUCAUUGAGCAGGUAGCCGAGGGCAUGGCGAUCUACCACACCGAAUCUUUUGGUCCUACAGUUUCAGUCUACGAAGUCGCAGAUGAUGAUGCGGCCCUUCGGAUCGCCAAUGACACAGACUAUGGCUUGACCAGCGCAGUGUUCACGAAAGACUUGAGAAGAGGAUUCAAUAUUGCUAAGCAGAUCGAGACUGGUGCGGUACAUAUCAACAGUAUGACGGUGCAUGAUGAGCCCGCCCUGCCUCACGGUGGAGCAAAGAAAUCCGGCUUCGGGAGGUUUAAUGGACGAGAAGGCCUGGAGGAGUGGGUAAGAACAAAGGUUAUCACGUUUGACGUCUAA